GUCUGUUUCUCCUUCACUCUCUCUCUCUCUCUCUCUCUCUCUCUCUCUCUCUCUCUCUCUCUCUCUCUCUCUCUCUCUUUCUCUCCGCCUCUUGCAGUCCGGGACAGCGCGAGAUCAGCAGCUCCGGCGGGCGGCGAUCAGCUACAGCGCGCGGGCACUGAGGAAGAGGAGGAGGAGGAAGGAGAAGACGCGAAAAGAACAGGAAGAAGUGGACGAGGAAGCGCGAGACUCGCUUUGGACUCUUGUUCUGAUCGCGCGCUCAGAGAGAGCGAGACACUCUUCAGCGAGAGAGAGAGAGAGAGAGAGAGCGCGAGCCACACACGCGCACACACACAUACACACUUCGGAGGAGCGAGCGUGAACAGCGCGAGGAGGAGCGCGCGACCUGCAGCAUGCAGAAAUGUCUGCAGAGACGGAGCUGGAUGUGAGAGGAGGAUCGGAGCAGGAGAUCGCGAAGGAAGAGGAGAGCGGCGGAGGGAGAGGUGGAAGAAGAGAGGGAAGAAGAGAAAGAGAAGAAAGAGAAAGAGACGGACGAGGAGCAGAGAGCUCCAUGCAGUUCAGCACCAGACCGGCCAGCGUGGAGCCGGGCUACAUGGGGACAUGGCAGCAGCAGAACACUGACAGCAACCUCCUGUUCAGGAUGUCCCAGCAGUCAGCCACAUCUCAAACGGCUAAGAGGGUAAUUUGUCCUAUCAACAGAGAAGAAAAUCACUCUCUCUGCUCUGAAGGAACACACACGCCCUCAUUCUCCAGUUUCCUCAGGGCCAUUCGCUGCACUCUGGUGAACUGCACCUGUGAGUGCUUUCAGCCAGGGAAGAUCCAUCUGAGGACGUGUGACCAGUGUAAACACGGAUGGGUUGCUCACGCCCUGGAUAAGUUGAGUACUCAGCACCUGUACCACCCGACGCAGGUGGAGAUUGUGCAAUGCAACGUGGUGUUUGAUAUCAGCAGUCUGAUGCUGUACGGUACGCAGGCCAUCCCUGUCAGACUCAAGAUCCUCCUGGACCGACUCUUCAGUGUCCUGAAACAGGAUGAGGUCCUACAUAUCCUCCACGGCCUGGGCUGGACACUCCGAGAUUACGUCAGGGGAUACAUACUGCAGGAUGCUGCAGGCAAGGUGCUGGACCGCUGGACCAUCAUGUCCCGUGAAGAGGAGAUCAUUACCCUGCAGCAGUUCCUGCGCUUCGGUGAGACCAAAUCCAUUGUAGAGCUGAUGGCGAUCCAAGAGAAAGAAGGCCAGGCAGUCACAGUUCCCUCGUCAAAGACUGACUCCGGCAUCAGGACUUUUAUCGAAAGCAACAACCGUACCCGCAGUCCUGGUCUUCUCACACACUUGGAGAACAACAGCCCUUCCAGCAUCCACCACUUUGAGAACAUCCCCAACAGCUUGGCUUUCCUGCUGCCCUUCCAAUACAUCAACCCAGUUUCAGCACCUAUGCUGGGCCUGCCACCUAAUGGGCUUGCUCUCGACCAGGCAGCACUCAGACUUCGUGAGCCAAACCAUCCCAACCAGAGUGAGCCGGUGGAAAGCAGUGAGUCAGAAGUAUCUCUCUCACCCUUUCGCAGCAGUCAGAGCCCGAGUCGAGGCACCAUGGGAGUCUUGCCCAAUUCCAUUGAGCCCAAAACAGAGCCCAAUGGAGCAUCGCCAAUCACCCCAACCCCAGUUGCACAGCAAGCCCAGCAACAGCAGACACAGCAGCAACAACAGCAGCAGACUCAGGCCCAGCAGCAGCAGCAGUCCAAUGCCCUGAAUGACCACCAGUCCCAUCACCACUUUGUAAAGAGUGAGCAGUCAAAGAACAUGUCCCACUCUUCGUUCUCCUCCAAGAUGCACCGUAUGCGUCGCAUGGGCACGCCCUCCCGCAAAGGUCGCGUCUGUUGCAAUGCCUGCGGAAAAACCUUCUAUGACAAGGGCACACUGAAGAUCCACUACAAUGCUGUGCACUUGAAGAUCAAGCACCGCUGCACCAUUGAGGGGUGCAACAUGGUCUUCAGCUCACUGCGGAGCCGCAAUCGUCACAGUGCUAAUCCCAAUCCUCGCCUCCACAUGCCCAUGCUUAGGAACAACAGAGAUAAGGACCUCAUCCGCUCAAGCUCUGGCACAGCCACGCCCGUCAUCUCUAGCGCCAAAACUGGCUUCAGCUUAACUAGUCCUGGACGACCACCGCUAGGCUUUGCCACUCCUCCUCUUGACUCCAUGAUGCAGAGCCCCCUGCAGAGUCCUCUGGUCUUCCCUUCCUUGAAAUCUGUGCAGCCCGUACAGCCUGUGCCACCUUUUUACCGUACAUUACUUUCUCCUGCUGACAUGGUUAGUCCUCCAGUAUCCCUGCCCACCAGUCCAAUUUUACCCACCACCACGAACAGCACUUCCCUCAUGGAACAGCAACAGAUCUUAGCUGCUAGCUCCAACCACUCCCAUUUGUCUGAAACAGGGACAGGGGCUGUAUCUCACCACCUUUCCACCAACCCUAGUGCCCCAGAUCCAGUCACCACAGACCCCACGCCUAAAAAGAAGCCCCGCAAGUCGAGCAUGCCUGUUAAGAUUGAGAAAGAAGUGAUUGACGUGGCAGAUGAUUAUGAUGACAAAGACGAUGAUGAUGAUGACAGCUGCCACCACCGUCAUCCUCCAUCCCAUCUUCACAAUAACAUUAACGGUAAUUGCAACAACAACAACAACAGCAGCAGUGGUCACUUGAGUGGAGGCAGUGGACACCAGUCACCUUCGCAGGAUGAGAUGAGUCCAAGCCUGGCACUGAGAGGUAUGCUGCGGCCAGAUCAAGACGAGUGCCGUGGAGGCACUAGCGAUGGAGGUACCAGUGAAUUGCGAUGCAUGGAUAGCUUCACCUCUGAAGAUCAGGACCAUGAACGUGACUUUGAGAAUGAAUCCGAAACAUCUGAAUCCAAGAUGUUUUACCGUGAUGAGAUGAUGGAUGUUGAAGAGCAGCGCAACACCUCAGGAGGUCUGGACAAAGAAAAGGAAGAAGGAGAGGAAGAAGGUCACCUGCGGAAAGAGCUGGAGGAUAAGAGCCAUUCCUCACCCUCUCCGCAUCAGCCAGUGAUCAAAAUCAAAGAAGAACUCAGUGACCCCACGUAUGACAUGUUCUGCAUGGGUCAGUAUGGCCUGUACAACGGUGGGAUGGCUGCCGCGGCUGCAGCCACUGCUAGCAUGGCCGCCUUGCAUGAAAGCUUCAUCUCCUCAAUGGGCUAUGGCUCAAGUCCCCCGAAGUUCCACUCCCAGUCCCCCGAGGGUGACUUGUGCUCCAGUCCUGACCCCAAAAUCUGCUACGUCUGCAAGAAGAGCUUCAAGAGCUCCUACAGUGUUAAACUGCACUACAAAAACGUGCACCUGAAAGAGAUGCAUGUUUGUACUGUGGCCGGCUGUAACGCUGCUUUCCCUUCCCGACGAAGCCGAGACAGGCACAGCUCCAACAUCAACCUGCACCGCAAACUGCUGACCAAAGAACUGGACGACAUCGUCCUGGACCCCCAGCUCACGCUGCUGCCCAAGGACCUCCGUGCCGAGUUUCUGGCCAAAAUCUAUGCGGGUGGGCACCACCACCACCACCACCACCACCACCACCAUCUGGGGCUGGAGGGGGUGGUGGGGGCUCACCGAAACAUGGCCCGAAACGAAGAGGCAGGGUCUCCUGUCAGCACGGAGUAUCCCCAUGGCGACGGUUACCGUGGCAAUGACGACUACGCAGUGGUCCUGGACCUGAGCACAACGUCGAGCGUGCAGUCCAGUGGCAGCGUGCAUUCCUCGCAUGAGUCGGACGAAGGUAGCGACGAGGGAAUCCUGUUGGACGACCUAGAGGGAAGCGAGGAAGGAGACGAGGCCAGCCAGGGUCACUUGGGGGGCAGGCACGAGGAAGGAGGGGCCAGAGAGACAAGGGGGGAGGUGCUUGUGCCCUCUGACCCCGCCUCCUCUCCGUCCCUAGGGUCAGGUGGUAACGGUGGCGGUAAUAACGGCGUGGGCGGGGGCAUCCUGUGCACGAUCUGCCACAAAAUGUACAGCAACAAAGGCACCCUAAGGGUCCACUAUAAGACUGUCCACCUGCGGGAGAUGCACAAGUGCAAAGUGCCCGGCUGCAACAUGAUGUUUUCCUCCGUUCGCAGCAGGAACAGGCACAGCCAGAAUCCGAACCUGCACAAAAACAACACACCCUUUUCCAACAUGGUCGAAUAGCCCACUUUAUCCUUCCCCGUCCGUACCCCUGCUUAACACACUCAAUAAAACCAUUAUCGCAUCAUUCCUGCUAAAAAAAAAAAAAGUGGACUGGGUGCUCCCGUAAUGCCUGUCCAAAAAAAAAAAAAAAACUUCAGUGUUAUUUCAAAAAUUCUCAAAAAGGUUCUCUUUCCAACUCUAAGCAGACUAUGAAUCAGCAUUGUGCCCUUUUGACAUAUUUCCUUCUUUGGAAGAACUUUCAUCGGAGCAAUUCCAAGACAGCUCCAACUUUUACCUACCCCCCCUCCCAUCACCCCAUUCUUAAUUUUCGUCCAACUCCAAAGAAGCUCCUCAGACUCUUUGUGUGUGACUGUUGCCUGCGGAAACGAUGAUAAUAAUGAGAAAAAAAAUGAGAAAAACGAGUCUCCUUGUUGUAUUUGUGUAAUGAUAGCUUUUAAAAAGAAAUCCCGUACCUAAGCAUGAAUGGCUUAAAUUUGUAAAUAAUGUCCUGAGAGGCUUUUUGGUGUAAAACAAUUGUAUUGAUGGUCGUUUGCAACUUUUUUUCUCUUACUUUCUUUUCCUUUUUCUUCCUUUUUUUCCAUUUUUUUUUUGGUUCGAUUUUAUGUUACAGUACAAUACUUCCAGCUCAAAGUAAGUGUAGGUGAGAAGAGGUAGCAUCUUACUAGCUUGAAUCAUUUAUAUUAGCUUAAAAAACAAGAAAAAAAGAAAAAAACAAAAACACUUUUUAACCGAGAACAAAAAGGAAAAAAAAAAUGUGACUAGUUUUAUCUACUUGUGAGACAUGCGGAGGGAGCUGGCAUGCUUUCAGGCUCCUGAAUACUUUUCUUUUACUCGUUUUCUUAUGUUUUAUAGCUUUAGUACGGAAUUCAGUUUUGCACUUUGCGACUAUAUGAGCGGGAUGUGUAAUAUUAUUACAAGGAAAACACUUUGCAAUGAUGGGUCUCCAACAUGGCAGUGUUUGAGUUAUUCAUGGCUACGGUGCCAGGGGGGAAAAUUUACUGUAUCUUUGCAUAAAUGUGCCAGUUUUGCACAAACAUUCAGUUAAAAAAAAAGAAAACAGCUAUAAAGGCCCAUGUUUGACCAGGACAAAUGUAGUAAUCCAGCCUAUUACAUGUAUCUAGACAGUCUUUCUACAAGUAUUUUCCUCUGCAGGAUUUGUGACUAAAUAUAACUGCCAUCUCGCUGCAGAGAAUAAGUAUUAAUGGGUCAGUUUCUGCCCGCUACAGAAGUAAACACAUAUGGGUUAAUGGCUGUAAAGUACUAUCCCCACAAUUAGUUCCCAGGUUAAGUAGGCAAUCUUUCUACUGCAUGCGCUGUUAUCAUACAAGAGUUAGUGAGUGAGUGUCCCGUAAUUAGUUUUGUCUCUUUAAAAUUUUAUUCUAGAAUGAAAGCAGUGGCCAUCUCGGAGUAUUUUCUAACUGCAGGCCUUUUUUUUUAUAAAGGAAAAAGACUAUGAACUGUGACGAAAGAAGUGGUUCCUUAAUCCUGGACUGGCUCAAACACCCAAAUGAAGUGAAAGUCUUCAUUUUUAGCUUCGUUCCUCAAUACGUUGUUCAGUAUUCAUCAGUACAUUAUUGAAAACGAAGGGUUCUUUGGAGAAAUGCCAUAGAAGAGCCACUUUUCUUUCAGGGAAAAGUGAGAUGUAUUUAAAGUUUAAAGAACUUUAUAUAACGUAAAGAUUAGAUGAAUAAUUUUUUGCCCUAGAACUGUACAUCCAAGCCAAGGACCAUUCAGGAACCUUUUUUUUUGAGAGUGUGCAGCUGUUCCAUCUGUGGAAGGAAAAAUGGCAGAGAUGAUGCAGUGGAGGUUCAUUUUGGGUAACUGUUCAGUUUAAAGUGAAAUAAUUCUUUUUAAAAACACUUAUUAGAAUACAUGAUUAUAACUUGGUUAGUAGUUAGUUAACUCGUUCCGGACCACAUCUGUGCUGAAAGCAAACUGAACUGAGUGAAAUAUGAUUUACAUUAGGGCUUCUGCAUGCCAGUUUGAAACAUAUAAUAUUACGCACUCAUAUACAAAAGGGGUUCUUUGAAGUACCAAAAAUAAAAAAGUUCUAAGCCUUGUAUCAAUAGAAGAACGAUUUAUUGGUGCUGUAUAAGGACCUUUUUAAGUACUAUAUACAGAUUCUCCAAAUUCUACAAAGAACUGUGUGUGCUUGAAUUUCCCUUUUUUUCACUUUUGUUAUGAUCUUGUCAUGUUAUUUUGCAUAGACUAAAUCAUAAAUUGACUGUAAUUGACUGUACUGUUGUUGACAUCAAUAGUAAUAAGAACAAUAAUUGAUUUUCAUAACCUUGUGGAGGCAAAUGUAACAUAAUUAGAAUGGCACACAUAAAAAGAACCACAACUAAGCACCAAAAUUGUUCUUUAAGUUGUCAUGGUUCUAUACAAUCAAAUGGCUUCACCAAAGAACCCCCUUUGUUUAAGAGUGUACGAUAUGAUAUGACAGAAAGGCUGCUGUCUGUUCUGCAUACUCCAGUCUGAGGGAACAUGCUCCUUUCCCUUUUACUCCUUGAUUUAAAAGACUUCAAUAUGAUUUGAGGAGUGUGUGAGGUGGGGGCUUUUGCCGUGAGCGAGCAAAAAAUGGAGGAAGAGAAAGAGAGAGAGACAUGGAGCAUCAUUAAAAAUGUGCUGCAACACAGUACCUGGAGGCAUCUGCUCAAUUCCGCCACUGAUCUGUCUAAUAACUCACUUGUCACUUCAUUACAUUCAAAGACGUGAAUGUUGCUGACAAGUGUGUGUCACAGAGACAUCCGACCCCCCUCUUUUUUCCUUUUUUCCUCCUUCCCCUUCUGUUUUCUCCCUCUCGGCCUGCGAGCCCCCCGUUUUCUCUCACUUUCCCCCUUUUCCUUUUUUUCCCCCGUCAGAGCCUCCACAGGGACUUUGGGCUAAUAAUACACGCUUAAAGUUCACGGGACGGCCAUAGCUGUGUAUAAAAGGAGGUGUAAUUGCCUGUUUAUCCCAUGCGAGUGGAAAAUUGAGCAUAGAAAGCCAGGCGUCUCCCCGGAGUCACACACCGACGCCCACUUCAACACACCACUCUCUCAGAGAGGACCGCGCGAGUAUGCCACUCUGGAGACUGCUGACAGCUGUCUCUCAAACACACACAUACACACACACACACACACUUACUCUUUUACUACUCAGAGCGUGCAGCACUCACAGCGCUAACAGGCCAGCGGGAUGACAGCAGCAAGAGGAGUUGUUAACCUCUGGUGAUGGACGAGGCACAUAGAGAGAAAGAGAGAGAAAGAGAAAGAGAGAGAGGGAGAGAGAGAGGGAGAGUUAAAUAGACAGGCUUCUCUCAUUGACACCUUGUUAAAACCUCAAAAAAAUUAAAGCCAAGUUGAUUCAGGUGGCCUGAAACUGGCUUAAAUAUUCAGCCCCAUUUACAGAGACUGAAAAAAAUAAAAAAA